AUGCCCUCUACGGCGUCCACUUCGUCUCACGAUCCUGCUCCCGCUCCUCCGCCUCCUGACGAGCGGAUGCCUCUCUCCUCCGUCCCCGACUUGACCAAGUUCUUCCCGCCGCUGAUUCAGGACGCCAUCUGCGCCGAGAUGAACCGAGGUGCUGAUGGCGUUUACUACGACGAGUUUGAGCAGCUGUACUGGAUGUAUUCGGGCUGGGAGGAGGUACGGGAGGCUUUUGAGCGCGUUUGGCGUCCAAUGGCCGUCGAAUGGGAAGAGUUUCGACGCCGGCAAUCGUUUGUCCGCAGCUUCGGGAAUGCACAGGCACGGGCAGCGCUGGCGCACGAGUAUUCCGGCCUGAUCGCGGCAGCAACGCGGAUGUCUCUGCUACGGCAGGGACCUGCUGGUCAGUCCAGCCUCUAG